AUAAGUUAUAACAAUUGGUGUAAGUGUAAUCUCUCCUUCUGUCACCCUAAUAAGCGUACGAACUGGAUCCAUUUCAAAACUAAAAACACAAACUCAAAAUUUACUCAGACAUAAAAGUUUAAAAAAUGUUAGCUCUUUCAUCACUUCGAUCUCGCCUAAGCUCAAACUCCCUAGCCCUAUCUCAAACCCUAACAAUCAUAUACCCACACCAAAGCAUUACCCAUUCCCAGUUUUCUUCAAAGCAGCACCAACAAAACUCCAAUGAAAUCGACACCCACGGCGUCGUUUCCAUCAUCAAUAGAGACCCAACCAGUCCACCUCGCCUCUUCGUGGUCCAACCCCGGCUCCGACCCGAUUCUUUUCUUCAAGCCAAACUCAACGAAGCUCUCUGCCUCGCUAAUUCCCUCGAAGAACAGCGCGAUGGCUAUUUUGAUACUGAUUUCUUCGAUAAAGCUUUGCCUCCUCAUGUUAUCGUUCAAAAUCCAAUUCUACGAUCAUCUAGAGCUCGCGCAGAUACAUUUUUUGGGCCUGGAACUGUGAAUACAAUUAAGUGUCAUCUAAAUGCUUCUGAGUCCAAGGGUGAAGUGGAUGCUGUGUUUGUGAAUUCUGUUUUGACUGGAGUUCAACAACGAAAUUUGGAGCGUGCAUGGGGCAGACCUGUUUUGGACCGUGUUGGCCUUAUAAUAGAAAUUUUUAAUGCACAUGCCCAUACAAAGGAGGCAAAGUUACAGUCUGAAUUGGCUGCUCUUAUGUAUAAGAAGAGUAGGCUUGUUCGUGCUCGUGGUCUUGAUGGGCGAUAUACUUUUGGAACAGCUGGAGAAGCUGAAGUUGUUAGUGCUCGAGGGAGGGGAAGUGGAGGACGUGGAUUUAUUAGUGGUGCUGGAGAAACUGAACUCCAACUGCAACGGCGAAGAAUAUUAGAAAGGCGCAACUAUUUGUUAUCCCAAAUCAGAGAGGUUCGUCGUACCCGAGCUGUGCAACGUGCUGCUCGCAAGAGAGAUGAUGGAUUACAUAAUAAAGGUUUAGCUACUGUUGCAGUUGUUGGAUACACAAACGCUGGAAAGUCUACAAUGGUCAGCACGCUCUCAAAUAGUGAUCUUUAUAGUGAUUCCCGAUUAUUCGCCACACUGGAUCCAAGAUUGAAAAGUGUUGUUCUUCCUUCAGGGAGGAAAGUGCUUUUUAGUGAUACUGUCGGAUUUAUAUCAGACUUGCCCGUGCAGCUAGUUGAAGCAUUUCGCGCAACCUUGGAAGAAGUGGUGGAAGCAGACCUCCUUGUGCAUGUCAUAGACUCCACUGCCCCCAAUCUCGAGGAACAUCAUACUACAGUGUUGCAAGUUCUGCAGCAAAUAGGAGUGUCAAAGGAGAAGCUACAGAGUAUGAUUGAAGUCUGGAAUAAGAUUGAUUAUGAAGAGGAAGAAAUGGAUGUUGAUCAUUCCGCAGACGAUGUGGAUGGUAGCAGCUGGUCUGGUGAUGAAGAUGGCGACAUUGCAUCUGAAAUAUCUUCAAGAAUAGAAGACAACAAGGGCAAUAAUUGUUUAGAAGCACAGAAUGGUGAAGGGGAUAUUGAAGAGACCUUAGAUAGUGUGGAAGGUGAAUACUCUGAUGGCUGGCUAUUGUCAGGAGAUGAACAGGAGUUGGUCGGUGACAAUUGGUUGAAGACUCUGGAUGACCAACAGUGUAAGGCCUCAGAUAACCCAGGAGUGGGAAAGGAUAUACUAUCUCAAGCUGAGCAUGGUCCCCAUGUAAAAACAUCUGCUAUAACUGGAGUAGGCUUGCAAGAAUUGCUGGUGCUCGUUGAUGAAAGGCUAAAAACCCAGGAUGAGAUGUUAAAGGCUCAGAAUGUAGUGGGGAGGGAUUUGUUUUAUAGAAAAUGGAGGCCUUCACGUGCUGAUGAUACUGAAGCAGCAGUUGGACAAUAAUAUAUUGGAAGCUAGAUGAAAGGUCUCGGGCCAUGGAUGUCAAUGUGUUAGGCUACUUUAGAAUUUUCUUCCACUGCUUAGAUAUACAUCCCCAUAAAGGUGGAGCUUUCUGUCUCCUUGUAGGGACUUAGGAUUGGUGAAGAUGAAGAUGUCAAAAACAUGGGAACAAGGACACAGCUUGCCGCGCUGGAAAUGAUCAUCAGAGUCAACUACUCUGAAUGAGCAACAGGAGCACUUAAUAAUUUCUUUAGCAGGUGUUUAUGGUGCAACAACUGGUAUCACUAGGAAAAAUAAUAUCUGAACACGAUGGAAUGCAAAAACAACAAACAGUGAGGUACAUUUUGUGCUUCUUUUGCCUUCUUCGGAAGGUAUUAAACUAGUUGACAUAAUCACAUGGAUGGUUGGGGUGCUUCUUAUUUUGUUUCUGUAAGAGUAAAGCCUUAGGGGAGAGGUAAGCUUGGAGAGGAAGCAGGGUUUUGAAUUUAGAACUUUUGUACGAAUGUACCGUGUUGUUAUAUGUUCGCAGAAGACUAAGAUGAUAGUCUACGAAGAUAAUAAAUGUCAUGGGCAAAAGGAGGGAAGAGGAAUAAUCUGUAAGAAGUCGAUUUUACUAUGCCCACGUCUCCAAGUUUGUUGUCCUAUAAUAAGUUGUUUUAUAAUACAAUCAAUUUAUACAUUCACCUGCACAAAUUAGUUUUAUGUUUUUACUGGAAAAACUCAAAUUUGAAGUUGCUAUUUGUCA